UGUUGAAGUAUUUCCUCAGAAAAAGAAAAAAAAAGGGUCUCUUAUUCCUCUUGCAGGGGGGAUGAACUUGCAAAAAACAAGUUCUGGCCACACUCAUGUGAAUCCCAUCAACUUGCUCACUGGGUCCGACUUUUCAUGCAAAUCCCACAAUUCAUGACACUAUAAAGGAAUGCAUAAAGCACCAACAUUUCCACCAUCCUCUAAGUUAACCCAAACCCAAUACAUACUACCUCUCUCCUUCAACAAACCUGUGAAUAAAAAUGGCCAUGAGCUGCUCGGAUGAAGGAACAAGUGCUUCAAUCUUCGUCUCCUCGCAAAAGCUGCCGUCUUCCAAAUACAAGGGAGUAGUUCCGCAGCCAAACGGCAGGUGGGGUGCACAGAUAUACGACAGGCAUCAACGCGUGUGGCUGGGAACUUUCGAGGAGGAAGAACAAGCUGCUAAGGCGUAUGACGUUGCGGCACAAAGGUUCCGUGGCCGCGACGCCAUCACAAAUUUCAAGCUUCCUUUGGAGGUUGCCGGCAAUGAUGUCAUGGAAUCGUAUUUCUUGAGUUCUCACUCCAAGGAUGAAAUUGUUGACAUGCUCCGGAAACACUCCUAUGCGUCUGAGCUUGAGCAAACUAAGUACAGUAGUGUUGGUGAGUUUCAUGGCAGUACUGCGAAAAGAAUCAGAGGCAAUGGAUUUGGUGAAGCCAGGGAGUACCUUUUCGAGAAGGUGGUGACACCAAGCGAUGUAGGGAAGCUUAACCGGAUGGUUAUACCAAAACAGCAGGCGGAGAAGUAUUUUCCAUUGCCUUCUGGAAGUUCAGCCAAUGGUGUCUUGUUGAAUUUUGAAGAUGAUAUAGGGAAGGUGUGGAGGUUUAGAUAUUGCUAUUGGAGCAGUAGCCAGAGCUAUGUUUUAACAAAAGGGUGGACCAGAUUCGUGAAGGAGAAGAACCUGAAAGCUGGCGAUAGAGUUAGCUUUCAGCGAUCAGUAGGGCCUGAUAACAAGUUAUUCAUUGACCGGAGGCAUCGAAAUGGAUCGGAUUUUGUGGGUGUGCGUGUGCCUGAUAAGGUAAACCCGUCAAAAUCUGUAGAAGCUGUAAGACUUGUUAGGUUAUUUGGUGUCAAUAUUUUACAAGCCCCUUUAAGCGAUGUGUUAUAGAUAAUAAUAGUUUAGGUUUGAGAGAGGUUUUUUUUUUUUUUUU